CUCUCAGUCCAGCAUUCCAGCGACCUUAGCUGUCCUCCUCACUCGGUCGACCAGCUCGAGACGGCCAAACGAGUCGGAGAUGGACACCGCUGCCUUCCAUCUUCUGUCUGGCGGGGUGCGUUAAUUAAUGGCGGCAGAACCUCCGAUCAGCCGGCGAGCGCGGCGCUGCGAUAGCUCUACGUGAACAAAGCGUCUCGCGCAAGUUCGAGGCCGAGCACGCGCGGCUGGUGAGAUGAAGAAGAAGGGGGCACCAUGGCGGUGCAAAUCCCUGCGGUGCUGGCCAUGCUGUUCUAUUUAAUCGCCAUCAUGUGCGUCGGCGUGUGGUCGGGCCGCAAGCUGCACAUCUUCAAGGAGGAUGGCCAGGCCUCAACGUCAGACCUGCGCCGCAGGCGGCCGCAGCAGACCCGCUUCCUGCACCGGCUGUUCCUGGCCGACAGGAACAUGUCGCUGACACUCGGCAUCACCUCCAUGACAGCCAUAUGGGUCGGAGGCGGCUACCUGAACGGCACUGCCGAGGCUGUCUACUCACACGGCAUCCUCUACUGCCACGCUCCGAUCGGUUACGCUAUCAGCCUCAUACUCGGCGGCUUCUUCUUCGCGCAAAAGAUGAGGACGACGAACGCGGUGACGAUGCUAGACCCGUUCCAGGAGCUGUACGGCCGCUGGAUGGGGCUGCUGCUGUGCCUGCCGGCCGUGUGCGGCGAGGUAUUGUGGACGGCCGCCAUGUUGUCCGCGCUGGGUGACACGGCGGGCGCCAUGAUGGAAGUGGACUCGCAACUCUUCAUCAUCCUUGCCGCGACGACCAUAUUCUGUUACACCGCGCUGGGAGGCCACUACUCCAUCACCUACACCGACGUCCUCCAGCUGUGCACCACGGCAGUAUUCCUGUGGAUGUGCGUGCCGUACGUCCUGAAAGGCCGCGGCGUGGGAACUGUGUCCGGUCCCCAGACCGACUUGCUCGGCCACAUUCCGAUGGCGAACGCCGGCCAGCUGUUCGACGCCUUUCUUAUGACCGCUCUUGGAGGCAUCCCGUGGCAGGUCUAUUUUCAAUGCAUACUGGGCUGCAAGAGCGACUUCGCCGCCCAGGUGCUUUCCUAUGUGGCCGCCAUAGGAUGCGUCUUCAUGGCCUUGCCACCGAUGAUCAUCGGAGCAGCAGCUAAGACGACAAACUUCACGGCAGCGGGCUACCCGGGCCCGUGGCAGCUGAGCGACAAGUCCAGCGUGUUGCCGCAGUCGAUCCGCUACCUGACUACGCCCGUGGUCUCCAUCUUGGGCAUGCUGGGCAUCACGGCGGCCGUCAUGUCGUCCGCCGACUCGUCCAUGUUCAGCGCCUCCGCCAUGGUCACCAAGAACGUCUACAACGUGCUCAUAAGGCCGGACGCGUCCGAGUCGGAGGUGGCCUUUAUUCUGCGAAUCGCGGUCUGCUUGAUCGGCGCCUCGGCCACCUACCUGGCGCUGUCGGUGCAUUCGGUGUUCGAACUGUGGACACUGUGCUCGGACGUGGUGUACGUGCUCCUCUUCCCGCAGUUCGUGUGCAUCUUCUACCUCAAGGACACCAACACCUAUGGCUCUAUCAUAGCGUUCGUGCUGGGUGCCUUCUCGCGCUGGUUGUGCGGCGAGCCGUCGGUGAGCCCGACGACGCCGGUGCACGCGCCACCGCACGGUACCGUGUGGGGCCAGCUGUUUCCUUACCGGCUGGCCUGCAUGAUGCUAGGCCUCUCCGCGCUCGUCAUCGGCUCGCUGGUGUCCACCAUGGCGUUCAAGAGGCACUGGCUGCCGCCGCACUGCGACGUGUUCGGCUGCUUCAGCGCGCCGCACAGAGGGGCUGGAGGCCGACGCGAGAGCAAGCUCUGGAUCAGACCUGAAGUCGCCGAGUACGAGCAGACCAUCAAGACAGGUGCGGAGUGCGCCAGGUCGGAGCUGACCAAUAGGAACGAGCGCUCGCAGAUGCCUGCUGAGGGGUCGCGCGCGACGAACGUGGCCGUGUCCGAAAUGACCGGCAAGAGCCAGAGAACGACGGGCUUGAACGGACGGCGCAAGUCUAAGGCUGCUGCGGUUUCCAUAAGGUCGCCCGAGACGACCAACAGGGGUGGCCACGUCGGCAAGCAGCGGCAACUCCACGCCAGGAAGGGAAGCAACGAAACGCAGAUGACCGUCAAGGACGCCUGAGAUAUCCGGCUCCUCUCGGAGGGGACGGCGUGGCAGCAGGCUCCCGCACAAAUAGUGCCUGUGGGGGAGCGAACGAGCGGGCGCGGUUUCUUCCUGGACUAUACGGUUCCUCGAUGCCAGCGCGGUAGCACACCCCCUGUCCUGGACCGGGACCAUGCUGCGCCGCCUGCACCGCAGUACCAAGGACGGUCGCACCCGGUCCUGGGGCGAAAUCGUGCUAAACCGCAGCAUGGCAUCAGGACUAAGGAAGGCCUCGCUCGCCGUUGAGCUUCGCCAUCUUCUUCUUAAUAUGUGUUUGUGUGUGUGAGAAGCCGGAUGCGUGUGUGUUGUGCCGGGUAACCGGGAUAGUAAAUGGACAGCGCGUUCAUAGCGAAGACACUGGCGAUGCGCUUGCCACAAGUGCGGAUGACAAUGACAGUGGUUCGGCGAACCAAAGUGCGGUCGCCAGGCACAUUCGUCUGGCGGAAACGUUAGUUCAGCGAGAACUCCCAUACGUCUGGGACGACGACGGCCUGGGUGGGACGCUUUCUUCCAGCGCGCAUCCGGUGGCGCAAGCUUGGCCUCCAAGAUCGCACAUGCGCAUCUCCGAAGCCACGGUACAAGCUACCAGGGAGGCUUGCCCUUUGUGCUGACUUGCUUGGUUAAAGGAAAGAAUGGGCCGCGUGACUGGAAGCCAGGACGUCCUUCCAUAGAGCUAAAUUAGCUGUCAAAUUAGCAUGCUGAACUGUGCAGGUGUCUACAGACACGGGAUAGCCAAACGCUUUGCCUGCUCUAUACAUGGUCAACGUUAAUAAUUGUGCGUUAUUUGAAAUGAAUACGUAAACGAAA